ACUCACAAUUCAAACCCCCAAACUUUCUCAGUCGACCCACCUUCAAUACGCACCGUUUCACGAUGCCUUCCUCCGAUUCCUCCGUUUCCGUAAUUUCGCAAUGCACAAUUUACCCCCACCAGAAAUCCACAAUCAAAUCCCUGAAGCUCUCCGUCUCUGAUCUUCCUAUGCUCUCCUGCCACUACAUCCAGAAGGGCGUCCUCCUCGAAUCCCCUUCCUGCUCCUCCGCCGACCUCCUCCCCUCCCUCAAACACUCCCUCUCCCUCGCCCUCUCCCACUUCCCCGCUCUCGCCGGCCGCUUCGAGACUGACGCCGACGGCCACGUCCACAUAGUCUGCAACGACGCCGGCGUCAAUUUCGUCCAUGCCAAAGCCAAGACCCUCUCCGUCGACGCCGUCUUGCGGCCCAACGCCGACGUUCCACAUUGCUUCAGGAACUUCUUCGCCUACGAAAGGACUUUGAGCUACGCCGGCCAUGUCAGGCCUCUGGCCGCCGUCCAGGUCACCGAGCUCGCAGACGCGGUCUUCAUCGGAUGUACGGUCAACCACUCCGUCGUCGACGGUACCUCUUUCUGGCACUUCUUCAACACCUUCGCCGAGAUUAACAGAGGCGCCAAGAAAAUGUCAAAAUCUCCUGAUUUUUCCCGUGACACCGUCUUCAACUCGCCGGCGGUGCUCCACUUCCCCGAAGGCGGCCCUAAGGUAACCUUUUCCGGCAACGACCCGCUGAGAGAGCGAAUCUUCCAUUUCAGUAGAGAAUCGAUUCUCAAACUGAAAAACAGAGCCAAUAACACUCUGUUUAAAACAACACAUAACUGUAACGGUAAUGGUAACGAUUACGGUAACGGCCUUUCUGAAUCGGCCGAGAUUUUCGGGAAGCAGUGCAAUGACAGCUGGAAAGCCGUUCCUCGAUAUAACGGCGCGAAAACGUCGGAGAUUUCGUCAUUUCAAUCUUUGAGCGCGCAGCUCUGGCGCUCCGUGACACGAGUCAGGAAUCUGCCCCAUCCCAAAACGACGACGUUUCGCAUGGCUGUGAACUGCCGCCACCGCCUCCAGCCGAAGAUGGACUCGCACUACUUCGGGAACGCGAUACAGAGCAUCCCGACCGUCGCUACCGCCGGCGAGCUGCUUUCUCGAGAUCUGCGCUGGGGAGCCGAGCUCCUCCACAAGAAUGUGGUGGCGCACGAUGACGCCACCGUUCGCCGCGGCGUGGAGGAUUGGGAGAGCGCGCCGAGGCUCUUCCCGCUGGGGAACUUCGACGGUGCGAUGAUCACUAUGGGCAGCUCGCCGCGAUUCCCGAUGUACAACAACGAUUUCGGGUGGGGCAAACCUCUCGCCGUGCGGAGCGGCGCGGCCAACAAAUUCGACGGCAAGAUAUCGGCGUUUCCUGGGAGGGAGGGCAACGGGAGCGUUGAUUUGGAGGUGGUUCUGGGUCCCGAGACGAUGGCGGGUCUGCUGUCCGAUGGAGAGUUCAUGCAAUACGUAUCGGCUGUAGAAUGAGCCGGGUUGUAGCCGAUCCAGCAGUGACGGUGGGUGGGUCGUGGGAAUUAGGAGUGGUUUUUUAGUGUAUUUAAAGCGUGGCUGAGUAUCAUAUGUGUUUUAAGCGCAUUGAAAUUUUUUUCGAAAAUUAGGACAUGUCAAAACUUAGUCAAUCGCUGUGCGAGAUUGAUUUGGACGGUUGUGAUGAGACGUCAAACAGCGACGUUUUGGCUACUAGUGUAGCGUGUGUUGGGUUGUUGGUACUUGCCAUUUGGUAGGGGAUUAGGAUAUUAUGUUAUGUACAGAGACCUUUAUUCUCAUUUUUCAAAAAAAAAAAUGUGAGAUCUUCUUGACCAUUAGAUUUAACUUUAAUAAAAUUCUGUAGCUGAGAUUAAAUCACAGGCCACAGAAUCUCAACUACAUGAUUUUAUUAAAGCUAAAUCUAACGGUUAAGAGAAUAUUCCUAUUUUUUUUGAAAAAUGAGGAUCUCUUUUCUUAAAGACUUCCAUGUUAUGUAUAUUAUAUAUUUUAUCUACUUCAUAAAUAUGCACGUGACGAAAUUGCCCAACUUAA